AUGGCGGGUGGCGGCGGCUGCGGCGGCGGCGGCGGCGGCGGCGGGAACGUCUAUGGCCAUGACAGCCAUGAUAACGACGACGACGAGGCGCAGUUUGACCCGCUGCUGCAGCUCAUUCAGACGUCGCGCAUGUGGACCAAAGAGGAGGACGCGGUGUUGCUGCGCCAUGCCCUGAGGGCGGGCACGAAGCAGUGGGGCGCGUUAGAGAAGAGCGGGCGCCUGCCUCUGCGCGACAACAAGGCGUGCUGCAACCGCUUCAUCUUCCUCAAAAAAAAAUUCACCCAAUGGUGUCUGGAGGAGGAGGGGCGCAGGGAGGAAGGCAAGGAGGAGGGCGAGGAGGAGGAGGAGGAGGAGGAGGGAGAGAAAGCGGGCACGAGUCAAAGCCGGAAAUUAAAGAAAUCUUCAAAGGAACCGCAAUCUGGGAGAGCUGCUGCUGCUGCUGCUGCUGCUGUUGCUGCUGCUGCUGCUGCUGCUGCUGCUGCUGCUGCUGCUGCUGCUGCUGCUGCUGCUGCUGCUGCUGCUGCUGCUGCUGCUGCUGCUGCUGCUGCUGCUGCUGCUGCUGCUGCUGCUGCAGGAGGAGGAGCAAGCAGUGUCGCUCAUUCUGCUGCUCUUUGCAUUCAACUCUCUCUGCUUUGCUCUCUCGCCAUUCUCCAUCUCCCCGUCUUUGCCCUCCCGUUGUGGCAGGAAGAACCGCAUUUUGGGAGAGCUGCUGCUGCGAGAUUUCAUUGA